UCUUUUAAGAAAAAUAAACAAUUGUUCUCCUACUAGAGUACUAAUUUGUCUUUUGCACUUCUGAAAGGAAUGACGUUUCUUCUGCUCAGCAUUGACCUGAAAACCGACAAACUGCACAUUGAAUCUUCCUUUCUCAUUCAUUCUCUCCAUACACUGCAUAUUCUGCCUGGCUCGAGUCACAGCUUACACCUAUUAGGAUCGUGCUAUUGUUGCUGUUAUGGGUUGUGCAGUUUCUAAAAAAAGUAGGGCAAGAUCCGUAUUAGCAGAUCCUGUUGCACUUGCUUCUGAAACGAUUUUCACUGUUAGUGAAGUAGAAGCGUUGCUUGAUCUAUACAAGAAAUUGAGCUGCUCCAUCACCAGAGAUGGGCUGAUCCAUAAGGAAGAACUCUUACUGGCACUUUUCAAGAACCAUAAGAAGGAAAACCUUUUUGCAGACAGGAUAUUUGCCCUUUUUGAUGCCAAGCAGAAUGGGCAUAUUGACUUUGGAGAAUUUGUGCAAACAUUGAGCAUUUUCCAUCCAAGGACUCCUGAAUCUGAGAAGAUUGAAUAUGCAUUUAAAUUAUAUGAUCUUAGGCACACUGGCUACAUUGAGCGUGAGGAGUUGAAGGAGAUGGUUGUGGCUCUUCUCGAUGAAUCUGAUCUUCACCUUUCAGAUGAUGUUGUUGAAGCCAUUGUCGACAAGACAUUUAAAGAAACAGAUGCAAACGGUGAUGGUAGGAUCGACCAGGAGGAGUGGAGAGAAUUUGCUGCUAGAAAUCCAACGUUGUUAAGAAACAUGACUCUUCCUUAUCUAGUAGAUGUCAAUUUAGCAUUUCCAAGCUUUGUCUUGGGCACAGGAGCAGAAGACUCAACACUUACAGGCUCAUUGAUCUGAAGAAUCUUGUCCUCUUAAAUGGUGCAUUAGCAUAGAAGAAAACAUCAGUUCUAAUGUGGUUGCUAUGAUUUUCUAAUUUCAAAAACAUAUGAAUUCCCUGAAAAAUUUGUUCAGCUGCUAAUUUUGAACAUAUUGUACGGACGUGGUUGUGCCAAAUGAAUAUGUGAAGUUUACAAAGAUACUAUAAUUGGAAAUUAGUUGCCUUAAUCAACUAUUGACCAACCAACUUUUUGUCCAUAAUUGGGAUUAACGUUUUAUUAGUUGGAAAAAACUAUUGACCCUUAACCAACUUUUUGUUUUUCUUUGAAGAGGCUUUGUUUUCCUGUAAAAGAGUGAUCACCAUACAAUAUUUUGAACAAAGGAGGCCUAUCGAUGUCAAAGUGCAGGUGUUUUAUUUACGCAUAGUCAAGUUUGUGUUUGAGAGUAAUUGUUUGGGUUAUUGCAUACUUUUCCACCUGGUUUGAAGAUGGUUGGUCUUCUCCUGGAGGUGUGAUAUGCUUUGUUUUUGUUUAGAUUGUCUUUCUUUAAUCACUUGCUCUCCAAAUUGAACUCGGACUUGUAAUCUGUAUCUUUCUGAACUGGGAAAUACUGACUUUCACCAUGGUUUGUGUUGCAGUGGCCAAACACGAACUCCUGCAUAUCUUAAUUGAUUCUUUACGUGCUUUUCCAGAGAUGUAAAUUUAGCAUUUCCGAGCUUUGUCUUGGGCACAGGAGCGGAAGACUCGGAAUUUACAGAUUAUUGAUUUGAUAAGGGGGAGAAUGUACCUCCCACAUAAAUGGUGCAUUAGCAUAGAAGAAAACAUUUGUUCUGAUGUGGUUGCUAUAGUUUUCUAAUUUCAGAAAACAAAUGAACUCUCAGACAAAUGUGUGCAUCUGCUAAUUUUGAACAUAGUUUUCUGAUGUGGUUGUGCCAACAUGGAUUUGUGAAGUUUGUAGAGGAUACCUGAAUAGCUUGCCUCCAAUUGUAAUCUUAAUGUAGGAAUUGCACCCUGUAGCCAGUUUUCACCCUGCUAUUUUAGUUAUAUCCAGUUUCUUCAAA